AUGUGUGAAAUAUUUCCUGAAGUGAAUUAUUGUUGUUAUUUUUGCUCAUUACGUGUUGGAAUUCUUUUUAUUGCCGUUGCAAGCAUAAUGACUGGGGGUGCAAUUCUUAGCGGUUUAGAGAACGAUGCCGAGGCUUCUUACGAGCAAUCUACCACAAUGAUACAGGCAGGCUCCAUUGUUGUGGAAAAUACGGACUUACUGUUCUUAUAUAGACAUCUUCUCGAUUUCGUGAUAACUGCGCUGACUAUUCAUGGAUUCGCCUUCGUUAUCGCCGGUUUUUUCCUACUUGUAGCUGAUUUAAUCGAUGAAAGUGGGUUUGCUCAGGUCUUUGUGUGGCUAACACUGCUCAAUAUAAUCUUUGGUACUGUGGCGUUACUUGCAAUGGGUGUGCAUUGCACCUUAAAGGAAACACGUUGCCUUCUGAACAUGGACUGGUUGGAAAGUGCUGUAUUUAUUGUAACCUGCUUCUUUUAUUAUGCAUUGUAUUUUUAUUUCAUUAUGGUAGCGAACAGUUAUGUUGUAAAUGGAGAUACAACAGUGGAAAUAAAAUAG